AGGAAGGCUCCGCCAGCAGCAGCACAGCAGCAGCGCCGGCGCCGGCGGCGGCUCUUCGGGGUCGGCAGCAAAGCCAAGGCCAAGGCGGCCCCGGGGAGUCUGCGGUGAAGCAGGUUCCAGAUCGACGGACUGGUUGUGCUGAAGAUCAUCAAACAUUAUCAAGAAGAGGGCCAAGGCAACGAAGUGGUCCAAGGUGUACUGCUGGGGCUAGUAGUGGAUGACAGGCUUGAAAUCACCAACUGUUUCCCUUUCCCUCAGCAUACAGAGGAUGAUGCUGAUUUUGAUGAAGUUCAAUAUCAGAUGGAAAUGAUGCGAAGCCUCCGCCAUGUAAACAUCGAUCACCUUCACGUCGGCUGGUAUCAGUCUACCUACUAUGGCUCUUUUGUCACCCGGGCUCUCUUGGACUCCCAGUUCAGUUACCAGCAUGCGAUUGAGGAAUCUGUCGUUCUCAUUUACGAUCCUAUAAAAACUGCCCAGGGAUAUCUUUCCCUAAAAGCAUACAGGUUGACACCUAAAUUGAUGGAGGUUUGUAAAGAAAAGGAUUUCUCUCCAGAAGCGUUGAAAAAAGCAACCAUUACCUUUGAAAAUAUGUUUGAAGAAGUACCCAUCAUAAUCAAGAAUUCCUACCUUAUCAACGUUCUUCUUUGGGAGCUAGAAAAGAAGUCGGCAGUAGCAGCAAGACAUGAAUUGCUCAGUCUUGCAAGCAAUAAUCACCUUGGAAAGAGCCUUCAGCUAUUGAUGGAUAGAGUGGACGAGAUGAGCCAGGAUAUUGUAAAAUACAACACCUACCUAAGGAACACCAGCAAGCAGCAGCAGCAGAAACAUCAGUAUCAGCAAAGACGUCAGCAAGAAAACCUGCAGCGUCAAAGUCGAGGAGAACCUCCUCUCCCUGAAGAAGACUUGAACAAAUUGUUCAAACCACCACAGCCUCCUCCCAGAAUGGAAUCCCUGCUGAUUGCAGGUCAAAUCAACACUUACAGCCAGAACAUCAAGGAGUUCACUGCACAGAAUCUGGGAAAACUCUUCAUGGCUCAGGCACUUCAAGAGCACAACAACUAGCAAAAGGAGAUGCUCAGAAUCUCAAUUCAUUUUUACUUAAGAUGUUUUCCAUUGCUCCUUGCAAAAUGAACCGUGAAUGAGACUCAUGUGUUUUGAGUAGAGUUAUCCAUCUUCUAAAGGAAAAUAAAAAAGAGACCAAUUUAAAAACUU